UAUUGUUGGCAGCAGUAACAAGAUCAGACAAACCCGAGUCAUUCAAUCCAGGACGGCUACAAGGACAGAGUAUUGACAUCUUAGUGAAUGGUUUAUGCCAAAGACAGUGAACCAUUUGUCAAAUUAUUCCAACUCCCGAGGGUUUUGACCCCCUCACAUAAAUCUUAUCGUGUAACUUAUUUCUGCCUGCCUGUCAGAAGCGUGUGGUUUAUGAGAACUAAGGUUCGUACAAUUAUCUUCUCCGACUGUCGCAGGUUGUCCAUUAGGCGCGCGCUUGCUUCAGAUAACGUAAGACUGGAGUGCGACGACAGCAACAACCGGAUUUCUGUGGAAAGAGACGCUUAAAACCAAGGAGUGCAGGAGGUCAUGGGUCUGGAAGCCGAGCAGAUGUUCACAAGAAAGUAUUCCCAUUACAAUGGAAUUCCCACCAUUUGACUUCGAAUUCCGUAUAUAAACUUCGACAACGCAUAUGGGGUUUAUUUUCAGCAAUUAUUACAGGCUGGAACGACACCUGCUUUGAAACUGUAGCGGCUUGUUGAGGGUGGGAAACAGUGUUUGGUGAAGCAACAGCAUGGUGAUAGGGCGUCGGUAUUUUUAAAUCGACCUUUGAGAUUAUGAUGCUUUAAGGACCCAGAUGGCCUUCGUGAACGAUCUUUUAAUGGUGAACAGCACAUUGAGCCCGCUCCCGUCCUGCACCUACAGCGAGGACUUCAAGAGAUACCUCCUCCCGGCCGUGUACGCCGCAGUCUUCCUCAUCGGCCUGCCCCUGAACUGCACCGUCAUCCUCCGCAUCUUGAGGUCCGGGAAGGCUCUGACGCGCAACACCAUCUACAUGCUCAACCUGGCCGUGGCCGACUUCCUGUACGUCUGCUCCCUGCCGCUGCUCAUCUACAACUACGCCAGCCAUGACUACUGGCCCUUCGGCGAGCAGGCCUGCAAGCUGGUGCGCUUCCAGUUCUACAGCAACCUGCACGGCAGCAUCAUGUUCCUCACCUGCAUCAGCUUCCAUCGAUACCUGGGCAUCUGCCACCCGCUGGCCACCUGGCACAAGACCGGUGGCCGGAGGUUCGCCUGGAAGGUGUGCGGGGUGGUGUGGGUGGUGGUCUUCUGCCUCUGCGCGCCCACGUUCAGCUUCGCCGCCACGGGGAUACAGCGGAACCGGACGGUGUGCUAUGACCUGAGCAAGCCCAGCCUGUCGGAGAGUUACUUCCCGUACGGCAUGGCGCUCACCUGCCUGGGGUUCCUGCUGCCCUUCCUGGCCAUCGUGGCCUGCUACUGCCGCAUGGCCUUCGUCCUGUGCCGGGGCGAGGGAGUGGUGGCCGCCGCGCAGAAGAAGAAGGACAAGGCGGCGCGCAUGAUCGUGGUGGUGAUGGCGGUGUUCGCCGUCAGCUUCCUCCCGUUCCACCUGACCAAGACCGCGUACCUCCUGGUGCGGACCCUGCCGGGGGCGCCGUGCGAGGUGCGGAACAUGUACUCCGUCAUCUACAAGAGCACCAGGCCCUUCGCCAGCAUGAACAGUGUGCUGGACCCCAUCCUCUUCUACUUCACUCAGUCAAAGUUCCGCAGCAGCACCAGGUCACUGAUGCUCAGGGCCAGCACCUUCCGAGGCAACGGUUCAAAAGUGUGACAGUGUCCCCCUGAAGACUGACUGCUGGUAAAGGUUGGGCGAGAGCAACUUGCUCUUAAGGGUGGAUCUCUGUUGUUUAUAAUUGUUUUUGUCAUAUGCUACUAAACACCAUGUCAUACGCCAGCGUGACACCCCUGGGAGGUAGAUGCGGCAGUGCUGGGAAGCACCGUUGGUUGCUGCAUUGAGAGAGAGAGAGCGCACCCACACAAACACGAAACCAAACAAACGACCCUCCUCACCCUCGCACCCUCACGGGUUCUGGGCGAAAACAAUAAACCAGAACCACAAGCUAAAAUGACAGAGACAAAAGAGAGUAAAACGGCGCGACCACUUCCCCGUGCGCCGCCCGCUGCUGGCCCGCCUUCCCAGCCGGCUCCAGCUCCUCCAGCAUCCCAGUUGAGGAUUCCUUUCUCGGUCUUUCCAGGAUGGGUUUGUUUAGGCAGGGAUUCUACAACAGUAUCAUUCUGUUGUUGGGGGAAGGGGGGGCAGUUUGGAGCAUCCUUUCGUCAUGUUUAGCAUUUUUUGUCAUUCAAAAUACUGACCAACAGGUGGCAUGUGUUGUAAACUGUGACUUGACCUCUUCAAAUGUCAGGAAUUUCGAUAACCUAAUACAGCUCCCUAUAAAGAAGCUAUGCAUGCAGUUAAUGCAGCUGAGAUAAAACUGUGAUUUCUUUUGGUUCUCUAAGAAAUGCCUGAUUUUUAAAAAUUCUAUUGUAAAUCAGUUGUAAAUAAUAAAUCAAAGCAGCAGUGGAUCACAUGAAAUUCAGUUUAGCUGGAGAGCCAGCUAGUCCACAAGACACAUCUUAAUGAAAUGAAAAAAGUCUAUAAUUUAAUGAAGUAUUUGGGCAGCCCAAAAUAUUUUUUCAUGUUAAUAACAUACUAGAGAGAUGGUUAAAUGUGUAUUUAUAUAUGUUCUUGUCAAUGAUAAGUAUACACAGUUUUUUAAUGACAAACUAAAAAAUGACAAAAAAAAAAGUCAAAUAACAGCUGUGAAUAGUAUGAUGGUAUAAUUUUUGGGGAUCAAAACAUGAACCCAACAGGUUAUAGGUUAAAUCCAAAACAUGACACUGUUGAUAUAUGAAAUAAAACACUGUUGCCGAUGCUUAACAAUAACAUAUUAUAAAAGUUCAUUUAUAAUAAAAUAGUAAAAAAAUAUAUAUAUGUUAUAUGUGAAUUGUAUUUAUCCAGUUGUAACCAUGUGGUUGCACAUAUUACAGGAAUAUAUGUCAUAUAAAUACAUAUAGCUUGUAGGCCUGAUUUACCAAGACCUUUAGCUUGUGCAAAACCAGUAACAUGACCAAUAAUUGGUGCAAAAUAAAUACCAUUCUAGCCCUAUAUGUAUAUAAUAGGCAAUGGUUUAUCAUUUUAUAAUAACUAAUAUUACAUUGCUUAUAUUUGAAAUAUUGAACACAUAUUCUCCCUCAUUACUAGCGGUGUUAUGCUGUCUGUUUCAAGCUUGCUUUGAAUAUAGCAUCAUUCCUUCGGUGUGGAUUAAAUCUAUUAUUAAACUGAUCCCAAAGUCCGCUAAGAAUGAUCCAAAGGUUCCCCUUAACUAUAGGGGCAUCAGCCUUUCAAGUACAGUUUAUAAAUUACACUCUAACAUUUUGAAUAACCCGUUAAUUCAGUACUUGGAAAUGACAGAAUAUCUUGUUGAUGAGCAGAAUGGAUUUAGGAAAAAUAGAGCUUGCAUUGAUCAUAUCUAUUCAGUAUCAUCUGUAAUUAGAGCCAGACUAGAGGAAGGCAAAUCAACAUUUGUUUGCUUUGUCGACUUCCAAAAGGACUUUGAUUGGGUCAAUAGAGAUCUGCUUGCCUUCAAGCUUAUUAAAGAGUAAGCUUAUUAAAGUAAAUUCUACGAAGCAAUUAAAACUUCAUACAGUUCUCCAGUCGCCUGUGUAGAGAUAAAUAACAUGUUUACUGGAUGGUUUCCUACUCCCUACUGGAGUCAAACAAGGUGACAUUCUUUCUCCAACUCUGUUUGCUUUAUAUGUGAAUGAUUUAGCUCAACAAAUUAAGGAUGCAAACCUAGGUGUAAGUCUGGGGGAUACAACACUUGGUAUUUUACUUUAUGCAGAUGAUAUAGUCCUUAUUGCUGAAUCUGAAGUUGACUUACAAAAUAUGUUAAACCUUGUGAACUUAUGAUGCUCUAGAUGGAGACUAACAAUAAAUCAGAGUAAAACCCAGAUAAUGCAUUUCAGGAAAAAGGGUACAGCAAGAAGUUCACAAAAUAUCACUUUUGGACCAUCACCACUAGAAUAUGCUAGUGUGUAUAAAUACCUGGGAUUUGCCCUGGAUGAAUUUAUGACCUACGAGGUGGGGAUAAAAUCCCUAGAAACUUCGGCUGGGAGAGCGUUAGGCCCAGUGAUUAAUAAAUUGAAAGUGUGCAAAGAUCUUGGUUAUUCAACAUAUUCAUAACUUUACAAUGCCUGUGUUUCUCCUGUACUGAAUUAUGCUGCUGGCAUAUGGGGCUUUAAAGAAUCCAAAAAUGCCAAUUCUAUUCAGAAUAGAGCCAUACGUUGUUUUCUUGGUGUACAUAAAUUUGCUCCAGUUCUAGCUAUUCAGGGUGAUAUGGGGUGGGUGCCUGGUCCUAUACAACAAAAAUGUGAGAUGGUCCGCCUGUGGAACCGCCUGAUCAGUAUGCCAGAGGAUAGGAUAACCAAAAAGGUCUUUAUUUGGGAUAAAUUACACAUCACCCCAUGGACACAAGAACUUUUUUGAGGAAAUUGAUUUACAAUAUAUUUACAGAAAUAACUUACGGUGUAUUAUUAACAUGAUUAAAUAUAAGCGUUUAUUCAACUAUGAUGAAAAGUGGUCCAAUGAUAUAUUGCUAAAACCAAAAUUAAGGACAUAUAUUCAUGUUAAGCAAAACCAUGGCCCUGAACCAUACAUUAUGGCAUACCUAACCAGAAGCCAAAGGUCCCUGGUUGCCCAGUUACGAACUGGUAUCCUUCUUUUGGCUAUUGAGGUAGGCAGAUUUAAUGAUGUAAUUGAAGAAAAAAGACUAUGUCUGUUAUGUGAUCUGUGUGAAAUUGAAAAUGAAUCCCACUUUAUGCUGUACUGUACAUAUUAUGAUGAUCUAAGAGCACCAAUUUUCCAUGAAAUGUCUGUACGUAAUCCUGAAGUGUUUUUUGGGGGGAUGAUGAAAAAUUGGAAUGGCUAUUUAAGUUUGACGUUUUUAAAAUGGCUAACUUUGUCUCAAAAGCCUGGAAAAGAAGGCAAGAUGGAUUGUUUGUUUAGUCUCUAAUGAGGUGUUAUUAUUUAUGUAAUGAUUAUGUAUAUGUUGCAAAAACUUGGAAAAGAAGGUUUGGUUAUGGAGUCUAUACUGUUUUGUACGGGGCAUAUGUAUCAGAUAUGUGUUUGUAGCAUUUUAAUAGGUUUAGGAUUUACUCUGGAUCUGGUUAUAUGCAAAAUGUUGGUGUCAUAUAAGCCCAUGUGGGCUGUGCAUCAGUGUGAUGCAUGACACAAUAAUAAAAUUCAUUCAUUCAUUCAUAUUCACCUUGUACUGUAUAGCAUUUAAUUAAAAGGCACUUUGACCAAGAGGUGAAAAUGAGUCAAAGGGUCAUUAGCUUCUGCCACUGCAACAUGCCUUUUCUGACAUAAGUACUCUUUUCCUUUUAUUGUAAUCAAUUUCUUAAUUAAUUUGCAAUGAAGAUACUAUACUCUGAAAAUACAGAACACAAGCAUGAUGGAGAACGUGUUUGCGUUCUGUAAAUAAUUAUUGCCUACAUAACGAGCACUGUUGAUAGGCCAUUCUCGUAGUUCAAGACUCUUUGUUUUGUUUUGUUUUGUUUUGUUUUGUUUUGUUUUGUUUUUCAUUGAAUGGCUACUGGAGCCUUUUUUUCCCCCCCGUGAAAUGUUGGAAUAUCAGGCUCGUCCACAAACUCAGUGACUGCGUCUGUGAUUCUGGAACAUCUUCAACAUCAUCUUACGAACCUAAUAUAGGUUAACCGGUAUUAGCCUAUAAUGUUUAACAUUGGCUAAAAUAAACAUACAUAUUUUGUAUUUCUUCCUCACCCCUCCCUCAGUGAUGUCAGCUUGAAAUUUCCCUGUGUCAGCCAGUAUUAUUUUCUUCCAGUUUUCGAAAUGUUGUUUAUUUUUUCUAUGUUUUUAUUUUGGAUGCUUAUAUUUUCCGCUAGGAUAUUAAGUUAAUUGAAAGUAACAUAUUUUUAUUUUUUGAUGUAUGGAUACAAUAAAAACAGCAUCAUACGUA